ACGACAGGCGCAAGGCAUGCUGGUCUCGGGCGCGCUCCGCUCAAGGCUUCUUCCUCACUGCGCGGUGGCCGAGUACCGGGUGCUGCAAGUUUAAACUGAUCUAGCCACCUGGCAACUAUGAGUGAAUGGAUGAAGAAAGACCCGUUAGAAUGGCAAGAUUACAUUUACAAAGAGGUCAGAGUGACAGCCAGCGAGAAGAACGAGUAUAAAGGAUGGGUUUUAACUACAGACCCAGUCUCUGCCAAUAUCGUCCUCGUGAACUUCCUUGAAGAUGGCAGCAUGUCUGUCACCGGAAUUAUGGGACAUGCUGUGCAGACUGUUGAAACUGUGAGUGAAGGGGACCAUAGAGUGAGGGAGAAGCUGAUGCAUUUGUUCAUGUCUGGAGACUGCAAAGCGUACAGCCCUGAGGAUCUGGAAAAGAGAAAGAAUAGUCUAAAGAAAUGGCUUGAGAAGAACCAUAUCCCCAUCACUGAACAGGGAGAUUCGAAGAGGACUCUCUGUGUGGCAGGGGUCCUGACUAUAGACCCACCAUAUGGUCCAGAAAAUUGCAGCAGCUCUAAUGAGAUUAUUCUGUCUCGUGUUCAGGAUCUUAUUCAAGGACAUCUUGCAGCUUCUCAAUGAGAGGCCAAGAAUUGUGGACACACUGAUUGAAACAGACUUUUUUUUUCCUUCAUAAAGUGUUUUGAAU